AUGACCCAUUUAUAUUCUGAAGAAGAACACAAUCUUUUUAGAGCAAGUAAAGUGAAAAGAUCAUUGGAUGUAGAAAGUUACUGUGCCAAGCGUGGCUGCUGUCAAAAAAGAGAUGAUGACUGCAGUGUCCCAUACGUCCAAAAAAAUUCAACGUGUUACUGUGAUAGAUUCUGUGACCAGGAACCAGUAGGACAUGUAGACUGCUGCCCAGAUUUUUGGCUGGUUUGUAGCCAUAUGAAUUUACAGAAACCCCCUACAGCAAACCCUUCAUUCAUUUCUCUGCCAUCUAAAAAAGGGUGCUUUGCAGAUGGAACAUAUUAUGAAGAUCAAGGCAUUAUUCGAGAAAACUGCAAUUACUGUACAUGCUUUGAAAACCAGUGGAUAUGUACUCAACAUAUUUGUCUUGUAGAAACUGAUCUAAUUAAAGACAUUAAUUCUAAAGAAUAUGGAUGGAAAGCAGAAAAUCACAGCGAUUUCUGGGGGAUGACCUUAAGUGAAGGAUUUGACUAUCGCCUGGGUACUUCAUCUCCAUCCCCUGCUUUACUCAGCAUGAAUGAAAUGACAGGUCGCGUGUCCUUGGAUGAAGAAUUUCCAUUGUUCUUUAUUUCUUCAUAUAAAUGGCCUCAGUACAUACAUGGACCCUUAGAUCAAAAGAACUGUGCCGCAUCUUGGGCAUUUUCAACUGCAAGUGUUGCUGCAGAUCGAAUAUCUAUUCACUCACAAGGGCACUUUACAUCAAAUCUUUCCCCACAACAUUUAAUUUCUUGUGACACUAAGAAUCAAAAUGGAUGUAAUGGAGGGACUAUAGAUGGGGCUUGGUGGUUUCUGAGAAAACGUGGACUGGUAUCUCAUUCAUGUUAUCCUUAUGUAAUGGAUGCAAGCAAUGCCUAUGUUGUAUGCAAUUUCUCAAGCUUUUCUGAUCAACGUGGUAAAAGUCAUGCAAUGUCAAGCUGUCCUAAUGCCUUUGAAGAUUCAAACUACAUCUAUCAAUGCAGUCCUCCUUACAGAGUUCCUUCCAAUGAGAGGGAAAUUAUGAAAGAAAUUAUGGAAAAUGGACCUGUGCAAGCUGUAAUGAAAGUUCACGAAGACUUUUUCCUCUAUAAAAGUGGAAUCUACAAACACACAGAUGUGGCAAAUAGUAGAUCAAAAAUACAUCAAAGGAGUGGCUUCCAUUCUGUCAAAAUCGUUGGAUGGGGUGUCACAACAGAAUCAGAGAAACAACAAAAAUUCUGGAUAGUUGCAAAUUCGUGGGGAAGAAAAUGGGGAGAAAAUGGAUAUUUCCGGAUACUGCGCGGAGAAAACCAUUGUGGCAUUGAAGAUCUGAUAAUAGCAGCGUGGUGCAGCAUUACACCUUCAGAUGAAAAUAAGAUUUUGUAA